CAAUAAAUUCUCGGGGGAAAAUUGGUGAACUUCAACGGAAACCCCAAAUUCCAGAAUCCCCAAAUCGAGAGGUUAAAGAAACUUCGAUUUUGAUCUUUUCUUGAAGUGAUCGGCAAGAGAUGACGGUGGACGGUGACGGAACUGUUGGAGGUGGAGAUAAUCAACCACCGGUGACUACUGCGGCGGCGACAACAGAGAUGCCUAUCCCGAGGCUGAGUCUUCUUCCUAACAACGACCACAUUUCUGAUAGCUACGAAGAUCUGGAACUGGAAUUUACCUCUUCCGUAUUAAGAUCGAUAGAGAAGUACUUGCGGAUGGAUAAGCUCACAGCGAACAGAGAAGAGAAGGCUAAAUUCAUAUCAGACAUUUUGCGCAAAAAGUGUUCCAAAGCUAAACAGUACAAGAACUAUAGGGAGAAGAUAAUAUCCAAUUAUCAGCCACGUUUCAGGGAGUUGUAUAAACUUGAUCCCGAAUCGUUUUUGCUUCCUACUUUCCGGAAGGCGAUCAGCGAAAACACAGAGGAAAGCUUCAGACGUAUCAUUUCUGAACCGUUUCCUGGUGUUUUCGUCUUUGAAAUGUUUCAGCCUGACUUCUUUGAGAAAUUGCUAGCUGAGGUAGAGAAUUUCAGAAAGUGGGCUCAUGAGACAAAGUUGAAGAUCAUGAGACCAAACAAAAUGAGUAAAUUCGGUGUUGUGCUUGACGACUUUGGCCUGCAUAUCAUGCUUAAACAACUCAUGGAGGAUUUUAUCUUUCCUAUUUGCAAAGUAUUCUUCCCUAAAGAGUGUGGAGCAAUGUUUGACUCUCAACGUGGAUCUUUUAUUGAAAAUGGUGAAGAUAGGAAUGCUGAAUUAGGCUUACAUGUGGAAGAUUCAGAAAUAACAUUGAAUGUUUGUUUAAGUAAACAAGGUGAGGGAGGGGAAAUAUUUUUCGAAGGCACACGAUGCAAGAAACAUAUGGAUAUAGAUCCAAAGCCAGAGGAACGUUUUGAUUACUGUCAUAUACCGGGUCAAGCUAUACUUCACCGUGGCUGCCACGUCCAUGGUGCCAGAGCAGCCACAACAUCUGGUCGUCGGGCCAAUAUGAUUCUUUGGUGCAGAAACUCUUUGUUCAGAGAGAUGCAAACUUAUGAGAAGGAAUUCCGAGACUGGUGCGGUCAAUGCGUCCAUGAAAAGAAAGAAAAGGAAAGCCAGUGUCUUGCUGCCAAAAGAAAGGUUAAAAAAAAGAAAAGACAUGAUUUUGGAAAAGUUUAUAUACAGUAAGAUGUUUGGUUUGAGCAUGGUUAUGAACCUGUGGGGGUCCUUAUUGCAGGAGAUGAUUAGGAUAAUAGAGUGAAGCCGAAGCUCGAUGAAAAAACUGAAGUUUAUGCUUUGAAUAUUGACUCUUUACUUGAAAAAGAAAAACUGAGUAUAUGUAGAAUCAUUUGAUGUAAAUAGGUCUUUGCAUCUUCGAUUUUCUUACAUGAAAGUUACCAGUUAUACA